AAUUCUUUGUUUGUCGCAACGUCGCGAUUUUCCCGUGUUUUUUAUUAAACUUUUGUCGUGUGAUUUAUCCUGUUUUUUUUAGAACUUGGUCCAUUUGCUUGCCAUGAUUAAUUCAUUCGUAGAUUUCUAGUAGAGAGUACAAAUUUCAUAAUGGUAUUUUCUCACCUGAUAGAAAAAUUAAAGAUAGGGAAGCGAUUCGUGCUGCUGGAUUUAGUUGUUCACCCAGAUGAAGGUCAAAAUGUGGAGUCAGCCGGUUCCCAUAAUAAGGGCCUGUCCCGAGAGUGUUGGCAUCUGAUUUACCAGAGGUUAGGGGAAAUUUGCCGGAAGCAUUUUGGCGAAAUCGGUUCAGACGGUGUCCGAUCUCGUGGGGUGGUUCUUCCUCUGGACCAGGCGUUUGAAUUCCGGCUAGAUCCGCGACCAACCAUCCGGGUGUCGUAUGAAUUUCGCGAUUCCAACCAACGCGAUGUUAUCAAUGGUAUCUUUACCGAAAAUGACCGGAAGCUCCAUAAGCACUGCUUGUAUGUUCAGAUCUGGGACGAUUCCCGCAAGGUAUAUGAGGACCUGAAAGAAAGUCAGAUGACGGUAGAAAGACUGCAACGUGAAAACCAAAGACUGCGAACAGUUCCGGAAGCUAGCCAAGAGUACACACCCACACCGUUAGGCGAUUCUUCGGGUGAUGCAGAUCAUCCGGAAUACAUUCCUACCACGCUCAAUGGAACAUCUCCGCAACAGCCCAGCUACAAAGCUGCUAAGAUCGAUAGUCUGAAUAGAUCCGCCAAAAAAGUGCCCAAGAUAGAUCAAUACACUCCGAUUUCCAGCCAAGAUAGCGUCGCUGGUUCUGGGGAUAACAUUGAGUACACUCCUACCGUUUGCAAAAGUGAAAAAAAUCCGGCUAUUGCUCUACAGGAUGGAGAAGAUAGAAUAGAGACUAAUCAAGCUCUGAAAAAAUCGGCGCAUAAGCGCACCGGUUUCAAGAGAAAUACCCGUCGAUCAGAACUAUUUGGUUCUGACGAUGAAGACAAACUAACCACGUCGAGGGAACCUGCAUCGGUGAAGACGGAAGAUGAUGCCAACCACAGUGUGGACAACAUAUUCGGCGAAGAAUCACCGUCCAAACCGUUUGAUACUAGUAGUAUUGAAAUUCCGGAUUCCACUUCUACUGGAACAGAUGGUGAUGGAAGUCAGCGCUCAAAAUUACCCCGUAAAACUAAGGACGGCAUCAAAGACUAUCGGGAUACGCUUAUGGCCAAACCAGAAAAAAAUCCAUUCUCACUGCAUCGCGAAAAAAUGAAGUCUAAUCACAACGAUGAUAAAAGUACUCACCGGCGAGAAAAGUCCUCCAAAAGUUCGUCCUCUAAAUUAUCUUCCUCGAAACCCGGCUCUUGCCUUACUUCCCCUUUAACGGGUUGGUUGGAGAAGAAAAAACGUGCGGCAUCUCCGACUUCAUUGAUGGCAUCUCCCCAAGACUCCCAUCAGCAAGAGAACGAUAAUCAUGGCAGCAAACGCCACCGGAAGGACACCAAAGAAAAGGACAAGGAAACCAAACACUUUAAGGAUAAAAAACAGAGAAGUCAGUCACCACAACCGCAACAGGUAGAUUUCGAAAAACUACGUAAGGAAGAGGAAGCCAUGCGUAAGACGAUGGCUAAUCUGGACAAGUUGGACAAGAUGUUACCGGAGGAUAAAUCCGCCCUCGAUGUUCCGGUGCUCGACUGUUGUAUGUUGACGUUGGAAGAAAUUCAAGACUCAUUUGACGAAUUUCGCGAUGAUCUUAGACGCAUUUAUGAUCACUACAAGGACAAAUCGGAACGACAUUGGCAACAAGCGGAAGAGCUUUGCUACUUUACUGAAGUGACCUCGGUUUUCAAUGACGAACAGAAAUACGCCAUGUUGAUGCGAUUGGAGAAUGAAUUCGUACCGGAAGAAUGCCGUGGACAGUAUACUGAAUUCUUCACAUCCACUUUGUCCAUGGAAUGGGCUUUACGGCUGUGGAUGAAAAAAUUUAACUUUAAAAGCCGGCGAGCAGCGCUAGACCGUAUUCAGCUGCAGGAGGAAGCCAACCCGCUGGAACUAACUCCGACAUUCCUGGCCUCGCUGACGGUGAGUACAAAGAAAAAACGAUGAAACGAACCUGUUCCCUGGCUUGUGCUGUGCCUUUUGUCCGCUGAGUGACGAAACAUUCGGUAGCAUUACUUUGUUUUUUUUAAUUGUUUUAGACAAUCACGAUUUCUUUUUGUCAAAUAUCGUUUAGUAUCUGUAGAAUAAAAAGAUUUGCUUUUUUAAACAAAAAUAAUGAAAAAAUUUUGGCUUACGAAUGAGUUAAGAUUGCAUAAGGUUUAAAAUGGUACGUGAUGACACGUCCAUGUACAUUUUCAUUUACUUCAGAUCAUCAUGUACUCGGCACUUUUCUCUAUUGGGUAACUAGGUUGGGGUGUUAAAAAAAACUAUGUGUUUCGGAACCAGAACCUUUAGGACUGGAAACUUUCACUGUGCAUGCCAGAAACCACCAUGCGAUUUUUUAACUCAUGCGGUUAACAAGGAGUUAAAAUGACGAAAAUUACAAAAAUGACAAAACAUGGCAAAAACAACAAAAAUGUCGAAGAAAAGGUGACAAAAAUGGCAAAAGUUAAAAUAAAUGA